UCGCCAUAAUCGUAAUUAUUUUUACUGAAUAUUUAUUUAUUUGUCUGAAUGUUUAUAUUAAUAAGGAGCCCCCAACAACAACCAUUGCAGAAGGGAAAAACGAAGAAAGGUGGAAAGAGUAUGAACAGAACCGUAGGGAAAGGAAUUGGAACCCCGGUUGGCUGAAGGGACGGGAUAGUUGGCUCAUCUUUCAUGAACAGCAGAAGGUGAUGACAUGCAAGGUGUGCCAAGAAUAUAUGACAAUAACUCAACUUCAGGUCAAAGUAGGAAAGAAAUUUCUUACUGGUUGCAGUAACCUAAAAAUUAGUGCAAUCAAUGACCAUGAAAUGUCUGAUAUGCACAAAAAAGCUGUUGAGAGUGAAAAAAACACAUCUACUGUUGAUGUUCUUACGUCAUCUUCAUCAGGCAAAGCCCUCUUGUCAUUAAAACAGGCAGAACGUAACAAACUUCAACAUCUUUUUCGAAAUGCCCAUGCUGUUGCCAAACGCGGUAGACCCCUUAGGGACUAUAAGUGGUUAUGCGAAUGUACUGAAGCGCAUGGUGUUAAACUUGGGGACACUUACAAAAACAGUCAAGCAGCUCUGGCAUUUUUGACUUACAUUGGGACGGUUGAAGUCCAGCAGACCAUUGCAACAGUGAGAAUGUCAAAAUCCUUCUCAAUACUCCUGGAUGGUUCUACAGACUUAAGUGGUGAUGAACAAGAAUCCAUAUACAUCAGGUGCUCUACCAAUGGGAAAAUUACAGAAAGAUUCUGUUCACUCCGCACACCAGAAAGCACACGGUCCAAAGACAUACAUUCCAUGGUGAAUUCUUUCAUGGAAGAACACAGUUUAGAAAAAUCUAAACAUAUUGGCCUUGGGUCGGAUGGUGCCAGCAAUAUGACAGGGGUUAAAGCAGGACUGGCUGCCCUACUUAAAAACGGUCCUCAUUUCAUUAAUGUUCAUUGUCUAGUACAUAGGCUUGAACUGGCAUUCAGAGAUGCAUUAAAAGGGGUGAAAUUUUAUGAUAAGUUGAUGACCUUACUGAUCGGGCUCCACUAUCACUACAAAAAAUACUAUAAAAACAAAAAAGGUCGAAAGGACACAUUCGAAGCUCUGCAGUUAAAGGCAAUGUUACCGCCAAAAGUCACAGGGACACGUUGGCUUCCUCAUCUCAGCAGAGGACUGAAGGCGCUGAUAAAGGGAUAUAGAGCAUUUGAAUGUCACCUGUCUGACCAAAGUCACAACAACCCCAAAGCAGAAGGCCUUGUCAAGAUUAUGACAGACAAGCAUGUAGUUGCUUUCUUCUUGUUCCUGCAUGACUUCAUCGAACCACUGGCAAAGCUGUCAGCAAAGAUGCAGCAGAAGUCAAUUACACUUGGCGAUGCCAUGGUAUGGAUUGAGGCGACAAAGGAGACGAUUGCAGAGAACGCACUGCUAUUUUGGAGAUGAUGACGUU